AUGUGACAGCAAGGAUCAAAGUGUUCAAUCUCUCCGGUGUGUUUCAUUUGUUUAUGUUCUAUUCAUAGUUGGAGGCUCAAAUGGUGUUCCAUGAAGUGUGUUGUUUUGUCAAUCAACCAGUGUUUUAGACGAGUUGUCACCUAGGGUGUGUUGCGUCAAACCAAAAGCAGGGCCAAAAGAUUUGUAGAUGUAGCUCAUUGGAUUACCUUUAUAUUUCUAGAACUAUAGUGCUUUCAACCAGUUUGGAUAUAUGUGUGAGGGUUUUGUUGGUGUCGACAAGGAUACAGUGCAAUGAAGGCAUUUCAGGUAGGCUAGGGCUUAUGGUGAAAGGGGACAACAGUGGUAUUCCAAAUGGGGUUUCAAAUAAGGGUUGUUCAGCACAAAGGUGGAGGUUCGAGGCAGUGAUGUGGAUUGGGGGAAGAAGGAAGUGACAUGUGAAAAUUAGAGGCCUCAGUCGUGUGGAGAAAAAAGUAAAGAGGUGCAAAGCAGUAGGUGACGUAGUGGAAUGAGGGAGGCUGGAGGUGUUUCAAUUUUAAAUUGGGGGACAACUAGAUUUGAUGAGGCAAGUGUGGUGAAGAAAGGGACGUGUGCAAAUAGGUUAGAAUCAGGCUGAAGCUUGGUAGAUUUACUUGGGCCCAAAAGUUGAAAUGGGUUGGUGGAGAAGGGCCAAGGCUUUUGAACUAAGAAGUACAGACACUUCUAAAAAGGCAACUCCAAUACUGACAGCACCUCUGGAAGAGGAGACUAGCUUGACAGACAUUCUAGUGAGAAAACCCUCAUCCUCUUCUGCUUCAGUAAAUCUGAUGGUGCUGCUGGAGCUCUUCUCAAUGUACCGUGAUUGGCAGGAGGCAAAAAUCCAGACGAUUAGUAAGAAACAGGAAGAGGUAGAAAACAAGAUAGAAGUUGCAGAUGCUUUGACAGUUAAACUUCUUCAGCGUUUUAAUUAUUCAGUCUCGACAAUGAAGACUACUUCGCAUCAUCUAUCAGAAGUUCAUGCAUUGCAGGUUGAUCUUGGGGAGCUGAAGGGAAGGUUGACUGAGGUGAUUAGCAACUGUGAUUCAUUAUGCAAGAGAAUCAAUGCAGAGGGACCUGAAUCACUGAGAUCAUCUGUCAAGCCAUUUUCAGUGACCUCAGCAGACCUGGAAACCAGUUGUCGCUCCCAUGGAAAGAGCGUUAAAUAGAAGCCUGUCUACCAUGGUUUAUUUAUUACAACACCAAUCCUCACCCGGCACCCCCAUUCCUUUUUAUUAUUAGAGACCUGACUUGCACCUCCUCGGCCAACCCAUUUCCCUUUUCUUCUUAUUAUUAUAUACACCUUUUCUAUUCUCCAUUAUGCUCCACUCACCACUAUCAUCACAUUUUCCCACUUUUUCACACCCACUUUAAUCAUAUCCCUCCUUUCCCUUACUUUCUUCCACCCACGAUUUCACCAUUUUCUUUUCUUUUAAUAUAUAUAUAUAUAUAUAUAUUUUUUAUUAAAAAAAAACAAAAAAAAAAAAAAAAAA